AUGUCUUCAGAAGUCACGAAAAAGCGUCUUGUACUCUCGAUAAUCGAGUUCUUGAACUCGUCACUGGCGGAUGGGACCGUGAAGGAGGACGAUAAGGAGUCGUUGGAGGUCGCCGUUCAGUGCAUCGGCGAAGCGUUCGGCGUCGAUCCCAGCUCGCCCGAGGCGUCCAAACUCACGAUUGCACCGGCUACUCUACCAUCGGUCUUUGAUCUCUAUUUGAAGACUCGUGACCGUCUCUCUGGAUCUGCGGCAUCUACUUCUGCGCCCAGUGCGCCGGCUCCGAAGUCGGGACCGAGCGAGGAGGAUAAGAAUCUCGCGGAAGCGGCUAAGCGCCAGGGCAACGCAUCUAUGUCUUCACGUGACUACGACUCAGCAAUCGAGCACUACACCGAGGCCAUCAAGCACGACGACACGAACCCGAUCUACUUCUCGAACCGCGCGGCCGCACAUUCAUCAAAGCAGGACCACCUUUCGGCAAUCGGGGACGCGGAGCGUGCCAUCGCUCUUGACCCAACUUUCGUCAAGGGAUACUCGCGUUUGGGCCACGCACAGUACAGUCUCGGAGACUACGAGGCGGCGAAGGAGGCGUUCGAGAAGGGAUUGAAGCUCGAGCCCGGCAACACGAGCAUGCAGACUGGUCUUGCGAACUCGAGCGCGCACAUCUCCGCCGCAUCUACCUCUCGCUCGCCCGAGAGGACAGCCAGCCCCAGUGCGCCAGCUGCACCCGCAGCAGGCAUGGGAGGCAUGCCGGAUCUCAGCUCACUGGCAGGCAUGUUUGGCGGCGGAGGUGCCGGUGGUGCUGGAGGCGGCAUGCCCGACAUCGCGAGCUUGAUGCAGAACCCGAUGCUCAUGCAGAUGGCUCAACAGAUGAUGCAGAAUGGCGGACUCGAACGCCUUAUGAAUAAUCCUGCACUGGCCAACAUGAUGAACCGCGCGCAAUCAGGUGGCGGAAUGCCUCCGAUGGAAGAGCUCAUGCAAGACCCCGCUAUGCGCGAUCUGGCAUCUCAAUUCGGCGGGAUGGGCAGGGGGGCAGGGGCAGGUUCAUAG